AUGGACGGCCUGAGUACUGCUGCCAGCGUUAUCGCUGUGGUGCAACUGGCGCAGGCUGUUGGUGGGGCUUUAAUGGAAUACUACGAGGGAGUCAAAAGUGCUCGCGACGACAUACAACGGCUUUAUCAUUCGAUCAAGAAUCUCGAAAGCGUACUAAAGUCUAUUAACGAUCUGCCACAUACUCUUUCAAUCAACAUCCAAACUCUCUUGGAAAACAAAACGGGAACUUUGUCGCUUUGUAAGGCUGAGCUUGAUGGCAUCGAGAAGGAACUCGAUACCUUUUCGAAACAGCAAAACCAUAUCGGAAAGCUGAAGUCUUUGAUAUGGCCGUUCAAGAAGAAAGAUGUGGAUAAACAUGUGGAUUUUAUCGAUAAGCAUAAGCAUGAUUUAAUGUUGGCAUUUGGAGUUGAGAAUUUAGAUAAAGAGCGAAGCCAGAUAAUUAAAUGGCUUAUAAAAUCACUUCCUGAUCCAUCUACAGAACAUAAUAUCACCCAAGAAAAUUCUACUGUGAUUGAACAUAUUCAGCAACUCUGCAAACAAGAGAUAAAUGUUGUUGUCACAUACUGGUAUAUCAAAUUCGACAACUUGACUACACAGAGCGUUUCCAAUAUAAUUCGUUCUUGGAUUAGAGAUAUUUGUAGCAAUCGUCGGGACACGCCGCAAACUUUGAAAGAUGCAUAUGCCCAUUGCAAUCAUGGCCAGCAGCAACCGACCAUCAAACAAAUGAUGGAAAUCCUCAAGUCUGUUGUGACCGGCCUUCAAGAUGUUUAUUUGGUUGUGGAUGCUCUGGAUGAGUACCCCAAGGCAGAACGGGAUUUAUUACUGGAGGCUCUCAAGGACAUUCAUCAAUGGAAAAUUGAUUCUAUACACAUUUUUGUCACAAGUAGAGCAGAGGAUGAUAUCCGUUUUCAUCUAGAUGAGAUGAGGAAGCGAGAUGUUUCGGACAGCUGCCAAAGCAUCAGAGUUCAAGAUCCAAUCAUUACCGAAGACAUCAAGAAGUUUCUCCAUGAAAACAUCAGUAGCUUCCGACAAACAAUGUGGAGUUCUGAUUUCAAGGAUGAAGUUGUGGAAUCCGUCGCGCGACAAGCUGAUGGUAUGUUCAGGUUAGCAGCACUUCAAUUGGAAUCAUUGAAACGGUACAGGACUGUGUCAGGAAUAAGAAAGGGAUUGAAUCAACUUCCAAGCUCUCUGGAUAUAUUUUACGAAAGGGCACUGAAGAAUAUACCUGAGGAAGAUCACUGCUACGUCAAAAUUGCCUUGCGAUGGAUUACUUACACUGCGCGCCCGUUGACGGUGUCAGAGCUCUCAGAAGCAGUGAUAGUUCAGAUUGAGUCUCCUCCUUAUCUGAGAGAAGACGAUAGAUUGAGCUGCGAUGGUGACAAUUUCACUCUUCUUGAUAUUAUUCCAUCAACAUUUGUUACAACUUACAGUAAAAAUGAAGGAUACUUUCUUCCAAUGUUGAAUGGAGAGUCAUACAUUCGAUUUGCCCACUAUUCCGUCCAGGAGUUCUUACAAUCAAGCCGCACGUCUACCGGACCCUUUAAUGAAUACCAUCUACAAGAGGCAAAUGGCCUUGAAUCAAUUGCAGCACGGUGUAUAGCAUACUUGCUUCAUGCUGGGCCAUCCUUGAAAUAUCCAUAUCCUGAUUUAGUCGACAUUUAUCGAAGUUUCCCGUUGAUUUUUCACGCAGCGACAUGCUGGACCUAUUAUAUGCAACGCCUUGAAGUAAAUAGCAAUGAGCUUCAUGAUCUCGUGAGAAAUUCACAGAAAUUGGCAUUAUUGUUGAUGAACGAGAGCUGGGCUACAUCUGUUAACCAUGCCUCGUUGAACAAUCAAAAUGCAUGGGAGAUAUCACAGAUUAUCUGCAAAUCCUUUAAGCCAGAAUUUCCAUACUCAGCAAGCGAGCUAGCACUCUCAGAGCACGAUACAAAUUCUUCUAUGGACUACAUCACUCCCGAACCAUGCCCUCUGUCUUGGGCUUGUUAUCAUGGCUUGAUUAGUCUAGUCCCACUCUUAUCAAGUAACGUACCAUACAAGAGCAGUCCACCUAAUAAAUCCAAAGUAUCCAAAUUAGGGACCCCUUUACAUGCUGCAGCCGCGGGAUGGUAUUUCUCGGAGAGAAUCGUCACGCUUCUGCUUGCAACUGGCAUGGAUACAAACAUCUCUGGCGGAGAGUGGUGUUAUCCGCUAAUUUCUGCUGCUGCUGCAAACCGAUUAGAGAUUUGCAAAUUACUGCAUCAGGCCGGGGCAAGACUGGAUGAUGCGAGCGCUCGGCAUGGAAACGCAUUGCAUGCCGCCUGUAGGAACGGUAAUGUGGAUUUAUGUGAAUAUUUCUUAGAAAAUGGUGCCAACAUUGAAUCCCGUGGAUCUUGUGAUAGUGUUGGAACUCCAUUAUUGAUGGCUUCAGCGAAUGGGAAUUUGGGAGUGAUCAAGAUUUUAUUGGCGUCGGGCGCAAAUAUUGAGGCGGAGCAUGACUCUUACACACCGCUGCAGUAUGCAUCAAUGUUAAAUGAUGUGCAGGCUUGUGAAAUGCUUCUGGGUUUUGGACCUGAUGUAAAUCACAAGACUAUCGCCGUGAAAGGUGGCAGUCUAUCUAGCUGUUGGAGACAAACUUGGACUCCACUGCAUCGGGCUUUCGCUCUCUGGAUCAAAUGCAAGCCUCGUGGUAAUGAUAUUCUUACGACCAUUGAGCUUUUGUUAAAAGCCGGUGCUGAUGUUCAUGCUAAAGGCGGACCUUGGGAGAAAAAUGGUCCUAUGGAUACCACAAUAGUUCUCUGUUUAAACUGUUUGAGGGAUCUCGAUAGAUUCCUGGGAGCAAGUAUGGACCCUUCGGAUGAACGCACAUUGAAGAAAGCUUUGGAUAUGUUAUUAGAUGCAGGUGCAGGGAGUGGCGCAGAUGGGGCCGAAUUACUUUUAGUACUAGAUAAAAGGGGGGCUAUGCUCGAGAAAUAUCUACGAGGACAGGAGAGCCAUAGAAAAUCGAUCAGACAACAAAGAUCGUAUCUUUCAAGACGCCGUCCAUGUACCGUAACGUACGACGCAGAUGAUACGGCAUAUUAUAUCGAAGAGCGAGAAAGAAGAAUGGAUAGUAUUAUUAAGGAAAUUCGAAGAGCUAUUCUUACACAUAAUUAUACGUAUAAUCGCGUACAGGAACAGCAGGAGAAAGAAGGCGAGGUGUCGAUGCAAAGAGGUCUUGAACAAGAUUCUGAAGAAAAACGACUAUGUGGAGAGGCUGAGGGGGUGGCUAGCAGGGAGUUGAACAAUCGGUUUCCGGAUCUCUCGCUUUAG